AGGCCAUUGCUGGUGGCAAGUAAUUCGUUGGCUGCUGUAGAGAACUGUUUAACGCAAACUGAAUAGUUGAAAGGUUAUUCUAUAGUUAGUUUAUCAAAAAUAUAAGUAUCUGUGAUAAAUUCUGUUACUCCUCCAAGUAGGAAUUAAAGGGGAAGCAACAGUAAAAUGGUGGAGUCUAUAUGAACUUAUUAAAAUUCAUGACCAAUACUGACUCGGGUCAAACCUUCACACCAGAGUGGAAACUUUAAGUUAGAAUUGCACAGGGAGAACUCGAAAGGCAGGAUAAAUUUGCGUGCAGCCGUUCUUCCUAGCUCGUUCCUUGUAUCGUAGCAAUUAUUGUUGUCCUGAGAGGCAGCGUCUCAUUAAAGGGACGCCCGUGGUGUUGCCAUUUGCGCGCACAAGUCAACCGGAAAUUUAUGGAGAAUAGACAAAGUACGGAGUAAAAUAAAGUGCAACCUUUGAACAGCCAAACGUCAACUCAAGCGGGCUCCUGCAGCAGAGCACAAGACGCGGAAUUUCGUUUCCGCAGUCGUGUGUGACCCGGGCAGGCAGUUUACAUAACACCUUUGGCCGCGGAUAUCGAAAAAGCUUACCUUGAAUAGGCGAAUAUCUGCUGGUUUUCUCUUGUGUUCUUGGGAGGGGAGGAGCAGUUGGAAAGUGUUUUGGUGCAUUGUGAAAUGUCCGGCUGUUUGUCUGCAGCGUGUAAAGUGGUGGUCAAGGGUAUCUCGCUGCCUUUGUUUUGAAGUCCGAGCCACGCUGUACAUUUUCAGUGAAGAGGCACUGCAGCCGGUUUACGUCCACCCAGCUCAUGGACAUGCAGUCGGCGUCCAAUGUAGCCGAAAACCUGUGUUCAGCUUUAUUUAAAGUACAACGCGCGGGCUACAGCAAUAUCUUUAAAGUGAGCUUUUUGACUUAAGUCUUACUGUUGCAUUCCAAUGCACUCCACUACGGGUGAAUCCGGAUAUGCGAAAAGGAACAGGAAAGGCUGCUCUUGGAUCCUAAGCAGUAUACUGCUUCGUCGAAACUUUUUUCGCAAACCACUUUUGCGAUAACCCAUUUUUAUGCGUCACUACUUUAUGAUAUACGUUAUUUGAAGCCCCUGGGCCUCGAGGAUCUGAAAUAUUACAGGAUGCUUACAACUGCUGAUGCCAAGCUCUCAGGUUGUUCCAAAUACGUCUGUAAGCCGUUGUCUUGUAUCUGCAAAAUUCUUACUUGAAGAGUGAAAUCAUCAUGGCAUUGGCUGGAUGUCCAGAUUCCUUUCUACACCAUCCUUAUUAUCAGGAUGAUGUAGAUCGGACGUCACGCAGAACUAGAGAGGGCAUUGGAGCAAGUUUUCAAACUUCAUGCAGUCAUCAUUCACCUAAUAAUCAAGAUGAUGAUGUAGACUUGGAGGCUUUGGUGAAUGAUAUGAACUCUUCAUUUGACAGUUUAUAUUCAAUAUGUUGCAAUCAAUCAGAAACUACUCCACUUAUUCAGAAUGGUCAGUCUGUUUGUAAUCAACUGAUGAGUUCAGGAGCAAAUUCACCACAGCCAACAUCACCAAGGCAGAAGCUGCAACGUUCUCAGCCAAUGCACAUUCUGGCAGUUAGAAGACUACAGGAAGAAGAUCAGUUCCGUACAUCAUCAUUGCCUGCUAUCCCAAAUCCAUUUCCAGAACUGUGCAGCCCUGCUAGCUCUCCAGUGUUGACACCUAGUUCCAUGCCUCAGAGUCCACCUACUCAUAAUCAUGUUAUUAAAGUUUUUAGUGAAGAUGGAACAAGCAAAGCAAUUGAACUUCCAUAUGACAUGACUGCCAGAGAUGUCUGCCAGCUGCUGAUAUAUAAAUGCCAUUGUGUUGAUGACAAUAGCUGGACUUUAAUUGAACAUCACUCACAUUUAAAUCUAGAAAGAUGUUUGGAGGAUCAUGAACUUGUAUUGCACGUACAAUCCACAUGGACAAUGGGAAAUGAAAGCAAAUUUUUAUUCAGAAAAAACUAUGCCAAAUAUGAAUUUUUUAAGCAUCCAGUGAGCUUCUUUCCAGAGCAGAUGGUGUCCGGUUGUCAGGAAUUAAAUGGAAGUAAUCCACAUUCACAGCUCAUGCAGAAUUUCUUGAACUCCAGCAGUUGCCCAGAAAUUCAAGGAUACUUGCAUGUGAAGGAAUUGGGGAAAAAGUCUUGGAAGAAACUGUGUGUGUUUUUACGAAGAUCAGGGCUUUAUUUCUCCUCAAAAGGAGCUUCAAAGGAACCAAGACAUCUGCAGCUGUUGGCUGACAUUGAAGAUAACAAUGUAUUUUCAUUAAUAGCUGGAAAGAAAACAUACAGUGCACCAACUGACUAUGGUUUCUGUAUAAAGCCCAUAAAAAUGAGAAAUGAAACAAAAGACCUUCGGAUGUUUUGUGCAGAAGAUGAACAGAGUAGGACAUACUGGAUGACAGCCUUUCGGCUCUUCAAGUAUGGUAUUCUUUUAUACCAGAACUUCCGGAUACCUCAACAGAGGAAAACAUUGCUAUCUCACUUCUCCACACCAACGAGAAGUGUAUCAGAAAAUUCCUUGGUAGCUAUGGACUUCUCUGGUCAGACAGGUCGAGUUAUUGAAGAUCCUGCAGAGGCUCAAAGUGCAGCUUUGGAAGAAGGUCAAACAUGGAGGAAACGUAGUCAACGCAUGAACACAUUGGGUAGUUCAAGUCCUCUACAUCCUCCCAUGCUCAGUCACACUAUUCACAGGACACAACCGUGGUUUCAUGGGCGCAUCACUCGUAAAGAAGCUCAUAGUAUUAUCGAAAAGCAUGGCCCUGUGGAUGGGUUAUUUCUUUUGCGGGAUAGUCAGAGUAACCCAAAGACAUUUGUGCUAUCAUUGUACUGUCAGCUGAAGAUCAGACAUUUCCAAAUAUUACCAACUGAAGAAAAUGGACAGCUUGUUUUCAGUCUUGAUGAUGGAAAUACCAGAUUUACUGAUCUUAUACAACUUGUUGAAUUUUAUCAACUGAAUCGAGGAAUUCUUCCUUGUAAGCUAAAGCAUUACUGUGCCCAGAUUUCUUUAUGAUAAUUGAUUUGAAUUAACUAUGACAGGAAAUGCUACCUUAUUCUCUGUAAGAAGUUCGGGAUCUUUCGGAGAAAAAGAACUGCAUUCUCCAACAAGACUGUGAAAUCAAGUAAAAUCAUGAAUUGAAGACUAAUUUGAGGCUGUGCCUGUUCACAAAGACAUGGUAAUAAUGCAGAAUAUGGUGUGAGUGACUGGGUGUUUUCAAGUUUUAUUAGUCACUUUAUAAAUUCUGAUAAUUAUAUUCAAGAUGAACUACUUAAACUGUUUAUUACAGCAAAAAACUUGACUAUAGCACCUGCUUUGGGAUAAUCUUGAUACUGUAUUUGAAUUAAAGAAAAAUGAAUUUAUAUUCUAAAAUGGGCAGAUAAUUUGUCUAUUCAAAUUUUUUAAAGUAGUACUGAAGAGACGUAUGAAAUCCUACAGCACGUAUUUUUUUUUUGCUUCCUGAAUGCAAGCUGUUGUGAAUAUUGUCCAGGUGUAGACAUCUUGAAAGAAUAGAGAAUCAUGUAUGUACCUGCUGCUUUUGGAAGUUAACAUGGAGUCAUUUACAAUGUACAUUAUGGGAUAUUCAUUGUCCAAUGACAAGUAAAGAAUAGGUCAGAAAGAAUUCGGAUUCAGCACAUUUUAUUGCUGAGAGCUAAAUUCUUUAAAUCAAGUUAUGAAGCUAUGGUAGAUUAAAGUUAAAUCAGUUUGAAAUACUGUGUGGAGUUUACUGAAAAUGUUGAUGAGUAUAAAAUAAACGCAGGCAUUACAGAGAUAACAUUGGAUUCAGGAGGGAAACUAGUAGUUGCUAGUGCUAGUAUAUUGAUUUUAAUGGGAAAGGAAAUCGGUGUAUAAGGGCUGUUCAGUUGCCAAAUGCCAGUUUACUGCUCCAAGGCCCAUACUUCUUGACUAGACAUCAAGAUAAAUGUCAAAUAAUGUAGCGUUACUAUUUGGAUUUGAUCAUAUUCUUUUGAGAAUUUGCUGCACUGCACCAAAUACCAUUUCUUUUCUGCAAAGGUUUGACUGAAGGUUAAACCAUUAAGUGGUAUUGGUUUCAUCGUGGUGUUUGCUCUGCUAUGGUAUUAGAUUGUCCAGCCGUGGUAAUCAAGAUCAUUUGUGAGGUGCAGGUUAGAACUUUUUAAUUAUCAGAUCACCAAUGUAAGCCUUUAUUAUUGCAAUUACAUAAAAGCACUGUAAAUGUUUUCAAGUGUACUGAAUUCAUUUCUAAAUUAGGGAUGUUAUAAGAUUAAUAAGUUCAUUUCAGAUGGCACAGCAAUGUAAAGCUACCAAAUUGUUUUACAAAUGCAGUUCUAAUUAAUUAAACAGCUUUUAGGACAGCCCUAUGUUGAAAGAAUGUCGUAGAAGUAGAAUGCUACAACUUAUGUAUUACAUUUUUGGCUCAUGAUUAAUUUUCUUACAACAUCUGUCAACUUGCUUGCGAAGCGAUUUUGUCUUGAGUUUUAGGGUGUUGUGUAUUUUUCCUUUACUAUUUAAGUAAAUAGUGUUCAUUUCUUGUCAUUUUUUUUGUCAAAAGUGCCCUUCAAAUAAUGGUUGCCUAAUGUACUCCGUAGUAUACGUAUAUACAUGUAUGCUUUUGUAAUCAUUUGCAUAAAUUGCUCUACACAGUCAAUACUGGGGUGAAGGCAGUUUGAUGGAUCCAUAAAAUAUAUUCAAAUAGUUUUGAUAACAGGAUCCUGACAUGUUAUCUGUAAACACCAAGCCAGAAUUUUAAAAUCAGUAUUGCAUCAUUUUUGCAUAUUUAUGAAUGAAAAUGAUAUAUAAAUUUAUAAAAGCAAAAGAUUGUAGGAGCUCUUACGAUAAUGUGAUGGUUAAUAUUUUGAGCAUUCAAUAGCUACUCAUUUAGUUUUGUCCAUUAGUUCAGCAGGUAAUAUGCAUAUACUACUAAUUAUUAUAUUAUAUUAAUUAUAUAUAAUAUAAUCUUAUUAUAUUCUUAUUAUCAGCUUGACUGAGCUCUUCUACUGAAAUUCUGACAGGGUUUCAAUCUGACUAACCCAACAAUCUGGCUGGCUAUCAGUAAAACGCCAGUGACUGAUAUUUUAUUUUUGUAUUUCUGAUAUGAAUGUACAGUAAAGGGAGACUCUCAGGGUUGAUGAAGCCUGUUGUUUUUUUUUUCUUGGUCUGUGAAGAAAAAAAAUCACAAGAUAACCUAUUGUGUUUGGAUUGAGAAGAAUAUACCAAAUAUGUUUGGUUAUUAACCUACACAUUGAUAUAUUUGUCUACAUUUAACAGCAAACUAAUUUACCCAUCAAAAUGAAAGUAGAUUAUGUGCUUCAAUUUGUAUGGGUCUAUUCCUUAAUAUGUUUCUGCAUGAACAUAGAAUCAAUCAUUUGACCAAUCAACACACCUUUCAACUGGUAGAACUUGCUAAUCAUGAAUUACUUUUCACUUACUGCAGAACUGAUGACUCGGAAAUAGAAUGUGGCAAUCCUUUUUUUUUCAGGGAAUGCUUGAACGUUUUAACUUUUUAAAUGGAAAUCUGCAUUCAUAAUAUGCCUGAUGUAAAUAGCUGAAAGGCUUGUGAACUUAACUGUAACUGUCCAGGUAUUUUUGUAUAAAUAAGGGACUGAUAUAUUCUGUUUAUUGUAAUUAGAAAUAAACAUUAAUGCAAACUUACUCAUUUGAAAUACUUAAUGCAAAUGUUCAGGCAUUUUGCUAAUUUAGUUUUGUUUCCUUUAUGUCAAUGUGAUUUAUAUUGUUAGAACACUGGCUCCCAAACUUUUUGUUCUGACCCACAUCGAGAUUUGUUUAAUCUGGAUGGUCCUAAACUUAUUCUCCAUGCUAAUUAUAAGCAUUGA